AAAAGUCGCAGAGAAUGCUGGGAAAUAAAUGGCGCCUAUCAUUGUGGUGAAGCGGAGUGCAGGUUGUCCUUGAAUUUGAAAUAAACGACGUCUUCAUGAGAUACUUCAGUUGCGGCUCAAUACUUAAAGCAAGAUAGAAAGCUACACCCAUGCUGAAGUUCAUUGUAAUGGGAUUACGUGGAUUUUUCUUGCUGGCAGCAAAGAUUUGGAGUUUCCUGUGCUACUGUUUCAAAAGACAGGCCAGAUCUGCUAUUCAGUAUCAGACUGUGAAGUAUGAAGUUAUACCUCUGUCACCUCUAUCCAAACAUAGGCUUAGUAUGUUAAAAAAGAAAACUUUAGUUUUAGACUUAGAUGAAACCCUAAUUCACUCACAUCAUGAUGGAGUCUUACGACAAACAGUGAAGCCCGGGACUCCACCAGAUUUUGUUCUGAAAGUCAACAUAGAUAGGCACCCUGUCCGGUUUUUCGUGCACAAAAGACCACAUGUAGACUACUUCCUGGAAGUGGUUAGUCAGUGGUAUGAACUAGUUGUGUUUACAGCAAGUAUGGAAAUAUAUGGAGCUGCAGUGGCAGACAAAUUAGACAAUAAUAGAAAUAUACUAAGAAGAAGAUAUUAUAGACAGCAUUGUCGAUUUGAAUUUGGUAGCUAUACCAAGAGUCUAGUGGAGAUCAAUGAGGAUCUUUCAAGUAUUUUUAUUUUGGAUAAUUCACCAAUAGCUUACAAGUAUUUUGAAGAUAAUGCAAUACCAAUAAAGUCGUGGUUUAGUGAUGCGACUGACACCUCGCUUCUGUGUUUACUACCAAUGCUGGAUGCACUAAGAUUCUGUAAUGAUGUGAGAUCUGUCCUUAGUCGGAACAUCCACAAAAGUUACAACAUCAUGUUGGACUGACAGAGGUCAUUUACAUAUGUCAAUGUGUGAUUGUGUAUAGACGUCACCCAGCAGCAAGUGCAUGAUAGCAGUGCAGAGUACUUAACCAGCCUGUGACAAAAUGGAGAAUGCAUGACAGAAAGUAGGCAGAAGUCUGGUGUAUGAAUGUGGACUAUCCCAGCCACUGCUUAAUUGCUGACAGAGUUUAACCUUUACAAAAGAAAACAGAUUCCUCCUUCCGAUUCUAGACCAACCAACCCCCCAAAAAAUUUGGUCACAUUCCAUUUUGUUUGGAAUACACUAUGUGGAUUGAAAUCAUGUAAUUGAUUUUUUUUCUUCUCUUUUUUUUUUUCAAAUGUGUUACUCAAAACUCUCAAGUUUGGGUUGCCUGAAGCUAGUCUUUCUUCUGUUGAAUAGAAAAAUCUGUUGUGCAUAUUGAUUAAUUUUACAUGUAAGUAAUACCAUACAGAAAGCAGUCAUUGAAACAUUUGUAAUAUGCCUGUUGUUUACAUACAAUGAUAGUUCUUUUUCAUUUUCCCAUGAAAUGUGUGAAUGUAAGGUCUGUCUGUCUCUGAUUCGGGUCAUUGUAAAAGGUAUUUGGUGCAAUGAUUUUGUGAUGUGUUUGUACCAUGGAGAAAUAUUAUGUUUAAUGGCAGCUGCAAUGCAUCAGGACAUAAUAAUUAUUCCUUAAACCAAAUAGAUUUAGUUGCUCUCAGCCUAACCUUUCUUUUUUACUCCUCAUAAACUUAGUCCAAGUACUAUUCUGAUGUUUAUAUUUUGAAUUCUUUUAUGAUAUGACUGCAAAAUAUGGCAUUAACCAAUUGUAAAGAAAUUAUUUGUCAACCAGUUUUUGGCCUGAUUAUCAACAGUUACUCCGAAUAUUAUGAUGUUUUGUUUUUUUAUUUUUAUUUUUUUUUUUUUUAGAAUUGUCUUUUGUUGGGUUGUGCGCUCCUUUCUGUAGAAACCUGAAUAAAAUAUGAUUUUCUUUAGAUAACUUUUAUGAAGUACAAUAUGUAGAUAGGACAAAAUCAUAUUAUUUAUAUUAGCUGUUGUCAUAUCAAAAUCAACCUCUCCAUUGUUUUCAUGUCAUUGUCAUCACAAACAACAGAACAGUUCAAUGUUUGAAAACACUUACACAUUCUUAUAUAAGUACUUGGCACUUUAAAUUUUUAAAGUUAAAAAAAAUUUGAAAAGGCACAUCCAAUACUGUAAACAAGCAAAUACCUAGUAUAUACAUUCUUAUUGGAUAUCCAGAGUUCACAUAGUGAGUUCAUUUAUGGUUUUAUAAUAUUGUUGAACCACUGACCGUGGUAAUGAGCUUUUUAAAUUACAUUGUACUGAUUAUAUUCAUGUAAUAUCUGAUUGAUGAAGGAGUUUUUUCACUCUUAAACUAGCCAUUGCAGUAAACCAAGUUUAAAUGUGAUACUGCCCUGUGCUGUGAUCUUAGAAGAAAAGGACUUGAAAAGUCUAUAUAUUUGUUGUUGAUCAUUGUUUAUGCACAUGUAGAUUGCUGUAGAAACUGGCAUUGACACAAGGCUGUGAUGAUUCAGCUCUACUGUGUAUACAUAGUUUAUUCUAAGUAUUCUGCCAAAUUCCAAGGGACGGUUAUAGCGUUUGAAUAAGUUAAAUUGCUAUUAGAUUUAGUCUCAUACCGCAUGUAUAUUUUGAUAAUGUACAUUGGCAGAUUGUUAAUGCUAGGUGUAGUGGUACUUUGGAUAGACUGUAAAUGUUAUUGAUAUGUAAAUUUAAAUAAGACUUUUAAACCAUUGAAUCGACUUUAAUAUUUGGUUAUACAUGUUUGGUUUUACUAUGUUUCAGUGUAUUUAUCAACACUGGUGAAGUUGUGACUCAGAAUGUAUUACCUCAUGUCAUCAUCAUUUCAAAUAUGUGUAGUAAUGUGUGAUUGAAAAACAAGUUGUGUGAAUGUGAAUUUGUUAUUUCUCCGAUUACCUGAAGAGAGAAAAAAUCAAGUAUUUCUUUUCAGAUGAAGUAGACACUUCAGAUUAUGGCAUGUAGCAAGAAAUAUGCAAUCUGAUUGGGCUAUAUCUAUAAAGCUGUGAGUUCACUACAGUCCAUAGAAUAAGUUUGUUUACCCCCAGCUUAUUUUGCAUGCAAAUUCGAUUGAUUGCGAAAUCACUCUGCAGCUGCAUGUAGACCAUUCAAUUUUGUAAAAAUGAAUAGACGAAAAAUUUUGAUUUGUUGGUAUGGUUUAAGCAGAUACUGCAUGAGAAUACAGUCAUGAAUUCCAAGGAUACACACAACAUUUCCCCAGUUUACAUCAUAAAUUCAUGGCAAUACAUAGAAGUUUUGAGGAUGGUCAUUAUCAUGGUUGACUUCCUUAGAGACAAAUAUAUCUUGUCCUUUUGAAUAUUAUUGUCUGGCUCAAGAAGCUGCAUACUGAGGAAUCAUUUAAAUUCAUGGGGGCCAAUUUUUUGUGGAUUACCAAGAUUUUACAGUUUUGUGGGGUAUCCACAAAAAUUGAGCCUUUACAAAAUUUAAUGAUGACAAUUUCCAGCUCUUUAGUGAAAAAAAAAGUGUCCAGUGACUGUAUGCUAAACUGUAUUGCAGUAAGUGGGUUAAAUUUUAAUGAUGUUAUUUUAAAUACCCUCCACUUUACAUCUCUAACAGUUUUCUCUGGCAUAAUUGUGAUACUAUACGUUGAAUUUAAAAGUUGUUGGUCAAAAUUACCUCUGAUAUUAUCUCUAAUCAGAAUGGUUUGUUUGAUUGUUUUAAAUUUAUGGGGGUUUUUUGUACAAGUAUUAUUUUUAAAGGCUAUCAUAGUACUGCUACUAUGUUUUUAGAAAAGAAUUAAGCCAUGCAGCCCUUCAAUGUAGCUUUAGAGAGGUAAAUUUACAGUGAGAAAAUGUCAUUAAAGUUUGUAUUCAGUAUACAUAAAUCUUUUCUUUUUUCAAAAAAAGUUAAUUGCAUUUGAACUUAGAACUUUUGCAAUAGAGUUUGAUGAAGUUCAACAGUUUGCAGAAAUUUAAACCUUCUUUAAUACAAUUUCGUAAAAAGCAAUAAAUGAUGCACAUGUUUCACCUAGACCGCCUCAUUUAUCUUCUUGCAUUGCACAUUCUGAAGUUUUUCUCCAAGAUAUUUUGGAGGAAUUGUUUUAUUGAUGGACUUCAUAAAUUGUGACAUCGGGUAAAAAGAUUUUUCUUGCAUUUAUUGAAGAUGCAUUCACUCCAUGUGUUCUGUCAUAGUCAUGUAUUCAUUUUUUUCAUGUAUUCAUUUUUCCUAUUAGUUGCUUUAAAUCAAAUUCUUUUGUAACAUAAUGAAUGUGUUAUAUAAUUGAUUUCUACGUGAAAUAAAAUAAAAAACAUGUUGUGUUUCAUAUGGAUGCGAAAUUAGAUUUAAAUGUGUAAAAAGGCCUUUCUUUGACAGAUCGUUUUAUAUUGUUACACUAUGUGGCAAACAAUAGUUAUAAAUGUUGUGCAAGUUUUUCAUUGUCAGGAGGAGUUACUUCCCUUAUAAAAAUAAUGUAGAGAUAUAGUGAGUUAGUUACCAAGAAAUUAUGUUAAAAUACAAUAAAAAAGCUGGACACUGGCAAAAUAA